AUGCAGCAGCGGCCUGUGAAGCAAUCACUUAGUGCCUGUAUGUGUCGAGAGUCCCACUGGCGUUGCCUACUGCUCUCCCUCCUCAUGUACAGCUGCCUUGGCACUGUGGCUUGGUGCCAGCUCACCCAAGUCACCAAGCUCAGCUUCGACUCAUCCGUCACCUCCCUGACAGCCUCCAUUUCCUCACUCAGAGGGACUGGCAUGGGAGGCCGCUCUAUGAUUUACCAUGACAGCCCCUGCUCUGACGGCUAUGUGUACAUCCCUCUGGCCUUCCUGUUCAUGCUCUAUGUCGUCUACCUGAUAGAGUGUUGGCACUGCCAGGCUUGCAGUGAGCUACAGUGUAAGGCUGAUGUGGAUAGCGUGUAUGAGCGGGUAUUGCGGAUGCAACAGGCCCGUCCGUGUGUUUGGUGGAAGGCCAUAAGUUACCAUUUUGUUCGGAGGACCAGACAGGUGACCCGCUACCGGAACGGCGAUGCCUACACCACCACCCAGGUCUACCAUGAGCGGGUCAACACACACGUGGGGGAGGGAGAGUUCGACUACAGUCGCUGUGGUAUGCGGGACGUCUCGCGGGAUCUACGUGGACUUGAGAGCCACCCGGCAACGAGACUUCGUUUCACCAAGUGCUUCAGUUUCGCUGGGGCCGGACCAGAAAAUAAUUACCUCAACCAACGUGCCAGGUUCUUCUCAGAGAUUGAGGGUUUGGAUGACUACAUGGAGGCUCGGGAAGGGAUGCAACUGAAAAACGUGGACUUUAAAGAGCACCUGAUAGCCUACGUGGACCCUGACCGGUUGCCCUGGUAUACUUCUCAGGUGGCUUUCUGGUUCGCUGCUCUGCUCAUGCUGGCCUGGCCCCUGAGGGUGCUUAUAGAGUACCGUACAGCUUUUGUGCACUACCAUGUUGAGAAGCUAUUUGGGCUGGAGUACAGCCACAGUAGCCCCUCUCCAAUAGAGGAGGUUCCCAUCAGGAGUGGUCUCCCUCGGGUAGAUACCGUGGACAGCACUGAGCUGGAGUGGCACAUCCGAUCCGACCGCCAGUUGAUCCCCAGCUACUCAGAGGCUAUGCUGAUGAACCUGGGGGCUUCAGACUCUGGUACAGCUGAUGAAACCAGGUCCUCUAACUGCUUCCUGCUGGACAGCCACCCAGCCCGGAGCUAUGGCACGCUGGUGCAGGACUGUGAGCACUGCUGCCAGCUUCAGGGCGAGGUUGGACAGAGGCGGGCCACCACCAGCUCCAGCUGUUCCUCCAUCUUCUCCCAUCAUGCCUUUCACUCCCACCUCUCCCUGGACACCUCCCACUUCUCACUGUGCCGCAUGUACGGCUCUCGGCGCACCGUGGGCCUGUGGAGGAGCCGCAGCAGCACACUGACUGACCACUGCUGUGUGGACGAGCAGUGCUGCCGUUCCUACUCCAGCCAGCUGGCUCUCAAUGAGAGCCCGCCCACCUACCAGGACGCACGCUUCUUCCCCGUUCUCAUUGUGCACCGGCCCGAGGGCUGCGGUAGUGGUGACUCCACCACAGAGGUGCGUCGCUACUAUGUCCGCCGGGGGUCCUGCAGCCUGGAGACGUCACUCUGA